AUGUUACAUUUUUAUUUCUGGCCAGUGAGGAAAGAUGGCAGAUUGGAACUUACACAAGUUAUGAUAGAUCGGACGGAUAUUUUCCACGCUUCACGAGAAGAUGAACGGCUGAGAUUACAUCUUGUUGAUGCUUAUUGUGAUUCCAAAGAAAAUGUGGACUUAGAAGACGAACCUAAGGGUCUAGAUUGGCCUCACUUGGAAUCUGUUUUUGAGAUUAGUGAAGAUAAUGCUGAUGAAACAAGUGACAAAGUGGUGAAUUUAUCUAUGAUCAAUGAUGAUAGUGGUGCAAUAAACUGGAGAUAUAAAACUAGUCAUGAUGUUUCGUUGAAUAGUGAUGAUUAUGUUGUACAUUUCGAUGAUGAACAUGAUGUUACUUGUGAGGGAAUGGAGGUACGAGAAUUGUUGUAA